AUGGCUCAUUCCAUGUUACCAAAGCAACCCGAAGCACAAACUGACGGAUCUCCCGAUAAGACAUCAAACACAGAGAAGUAUUCGACAAACUCUCUGAAGCGCAGGGUCCGACAAAGGAAAAUCGAGAGAGGUCUCCCCGUCUCAGAUGAAGAAGAGCCGCCCACUUUGGAGGAUGGUAACGUCGCCGUGAAGCUAGGCAAGUCGAUCCAGCUCGGAGAAGCGGCCGCGCUCAGAGCGGCACAGCAAGCCGGCGUACCCGUCCCACGUGCUCUUGGGACGGAAACAAUCCAAGGCAUCAACCACCUCAAGAUGGACUUCAUUGAAGGCGAGGCGCUUAACAAGCUCUGGCCUAAAUUGUCUUCCGAGGAAAAGAGAGACAUUGUGCAGCAAUUGAGAAGCAUCCUCACGACCAUGCGAUCUGCGACGCCGCCACCAAACUAUAUAGGGGCAUGUGACAACACUGGAAUCCGAGAGUCUCGGGUCUACCACCGAUAUACAGACCCUCCUUGUGUUGACGAGGCUGCGUUCAACCGAUAUCUUCUUUCAGGCCUCUUCCCACCCACUCCCCAGGCUCUACGGGAUGCUUUUGCAUCGAAACUGCGCACGAAUCAUCGAAUAGUGCUCUCACAUUGUGAUUUAGCACCAAGAAAUAUAAUCGUACGGGAAGGCAAGAUCGUGGCUUUGGUGGAUUGGGAGGACGCCGGCUGGUAUCCGGAAUACUGGGAGUAUGUCAAAUUCUUUCAGCGCAAUACCGCGGGGGAUAGAGAGUGGUGGUCCUAUGCCUAUGAGAUCUUCCCUGAGCUUUACCCGGAGGAAUUAGUUGAUUACAUUGCCCUGUUGAAAUGGCAGAUGCCUUAG